GGGAGAGGCACCGGCUGGCCUGCGGAGCUGCCUUUUGUGUUCCGCUCGGUGGUGCGGGAAACUUCCCAGCCUUUCGCCGUUGCCCCCGGGCCCCUCCUCCCGGCGUCCCCAGCCCCCCUGCUCCGCUCCGCGUGCCAGCUCGGGGAUCGCUGGUUCGCUCCCCUCCGCGCCAGGAGGAGGGGCGAGGGCCGGCAGCCCCCUCCCCCGCGCGCGGCGCCCGAGCUGAGCGGAGCCGGGGAGACCCGCAGCCUCUGGUCAUGUGGGCCGGACUGCUCCUCCGGGCCGCCUGCGCCGCGCUCCUGUUGCCGGAGACCCCGGCCCGAGGCUACACGGGGAGGAAGCCGCCCGGGCACUUCGCGCCGGAGAGACGCCGGUUGGGCCCCCACGUCUGCCUCUCUGGCUUUGGGAGUGGCUGCUGCCCUGGCUGGGCACCCUCCAUGGGCAGUGGGCACUGCACCUUGCCUCUCUGCUCCUUCGGCUGUGGGAGUGGAGUCUGCAUCGCUCCCAAUGUGUGUUCCUGCCAGGACGGAGAGCAAGGAGCCACUUGCCCAGAAGCCCAUGGCCCCUGUGGGGAGUAUGGCUGUGACCUUACCUGUAACCAUGGUGGCUGUCAGGAGGUGGCCCGAGUGUGCCCCUUAGGUUUCUCCAUGACAGAGACAGCUGUUGGCAUCAGGUGUACAGAUAUCAAUGAAUGCCUCAGCUCCUCUUGCGAGGGCCACUGCGUGAACACCGAGGGCGGGUUCGUGUGCGAGUGCGGGCCGGGCAUGCAGCUGGCCGCAGACCGUCACAGCUGCCAGGACACCGACGAAUGCCUGGGCACCCCCUGUCAGCAGAGGUGUAGGAACAGCAUCGGCAGCUACAAGUGUUCCUGCCGCACUGGCUUCCAUCUCCAUGGCAACCGGCACUCGUGCGUAGAUGUGAACGAGUGCCGGAGGCCGCAGGAGAGGAGAGUCUGUCACCACUCGUGCCACAACACUGUGGGCAGCUUCCUGUGCUCCUGCCGCCCUGGUUUUAGGCUUCGAGCCGACCGUGUGUCCUGUGAAGCUCUGCCGAAAGCCAUGCAGGCCCCGUCUGCCAUCCUGCAGCCCCGGCAGCACCCCAACAAGAUGCCUCUGCUGCUGCCCGAGUCGGGAAGGCCAGCCCUGUCCCCAGGACACAGCCCUCCUCCGGGGGCCCCAGGGCCUCCUGCAGGAACCAGGACGACCCACCCGCCAUCUCCCACCUCGCCACCACCCUCGUUCUUCCCUUCUGCUCCUACCCGGCUGCUGUCCACCCUGAUGGCCACCCCAGGGCCUAGUGCUGCCCUGCUGAGGACCCCCAGGCCUCCCUCCUUCCUCCAGGGGGAGGUGGUAGGGACCCCUUCCUCACCAAGGGGCCCUGGGAGCCCGAGGCUGGCAGCCAGGCCCUCUCCCUGCUGGCACCUGGGAGCCGUGCAUGAGUCGGGGAGCCACUGGACAGAGCCCAGGUGUUCCCAGUGCUGGUGUGAGGAUGGACAGGUGACCUGCGGAGAGGUGAGAUGUGAAGCUGCUUGCUCCCACCCGAUUCCCCCCAGAGAUGGGGGGUGCUGCCCCUUGUGCACAGGCUGCUUUUACAGGGGCGCCGUCAGAGCGGAAGGCGACGUGUUUUCACCUCCCAACGAGAACUGCACGGUCUGUGUCUGUCUGGCUGGAAACGUGUCCUGCAUCUCCCCCGAGUGUCCUCCUGGCCCCUGUGAGACCCUCCCACAGUCAGAUUGCUGUACUUGUGUCCCAGUGAGGUGCUAUUUCCGCGGCCGUUGGUACGCAGACGGGGCAGUGUUCAGUGGGGGUGGUGACGACUGCACCACCUGUGUCUGCCAGAAGGGGGAGGUGGAGUGUUCCUUCACACCAUGUCCAGAGCUGGACUGCCCCCGAGAGGACCGGUGGCUGGGUCCUGGGCAGUGCUGCUUCACCUGCCGGGAGCCCACGCCCACCACAGGCUGCUCUCUGGACGACAACGGGGCUGAGUUUCCGAUUGGACAGAUCUGGUCACCUGGUGAUCCCUGUGAGUUAUGCAUCUGCCAGGCAGAUGGCUCGGUGAGCUGCCGGACGACAGACUGCGUGGACUCCUGCCCUCACCCCAUCCGCAUCCCCGGACAGUGCUGCCCAGACUGUUCUGCAGGCUGCACCUACAUGGGCAGAAUCUUCUACAACAACGAGACCUUCCCGUCGGCGCUGGACCCGUGUCUGAGCUGCAUCUGCCUGCUGGGCUCGGUGGCCUGUUCGCCAGUGGACUGCCCUAUCGCCUGCACCUACCCUUUCCACCCCGACGGCGAGUGCUGCCCGGUGUGCCGUGACUGCAACUACGAGGGAAGGAAGGUGGUGAACGGCCAGGUGUUCACCUUGGACGAUGAGCCCUGUACCCGCUGCACGUGCCAGCUGGGCGAGGUGAGCUGUGAGAAGGUCCCUUGCCAGCAGGCCUGCACCGACUCUUCCCUACCCCCAGGGGACUGCUGCUCCUCCUGCCCAGAUUCCGUUUUUCCUCUGGGAGAAACGCAGGGGCUCACCCCUUAUGGCGACGUGGUAUUGGGCAAAGCCGCUCGGAGUUCCCGCGGAGACACCCAGGUGCCCAUCAACUGCAGCUCCUGCCUGGCGCCCCCAAGGCCAGCGCUCCACCUCUUCCAGCUCCUCCGAAGAACGAACUUGUCCAACGUGCAGACUUCACCCACAGGCCCCUCAAAAGCCCAGGCCUCGCCCUCACCCCCUCUGAGGCCAGGGGAGCCCAGAGCCUCCCCGUCCCCUGGGCUCUCCCCAGGGCCUUCCGCCCCUUCAGAGCCCUCCACUCUACCUCCAGCCUCUUCAGGGGCUCAUCGGCCACUUCGUGUUACUCCCGAGCGCUCCUUCUCAGCCUCUGGGGCCCAGACAGCGUCCAGGUGGCCUCUGCCUGCCACCCUCUUGACUGAAGCUUCAGCACCUUCCACAAUGUCCCCUGGCCCCUCAGAGACCUCCACCACCUCCCUCAGGCCUCAGAGACUCUCUGCAGCCCUUGUGGCCACCACUCAUUCUGGUUCCCAGCAGCCCACAGAGGGGACCUCAAGGGAGGAGGAAUCCACCGUCUGA